AUGAAUAACGACAUAGACCUCUUAAAAAACUAUCCCAGUAUAUUACAAUUGGAUGAAAUAUUGGACAAAUAUGACUAUCCUCCCUUCUCAGUGGUCAGUGCCUUGUUAAAUUUCACAGUGCCACAGAUCUACCUGUCUUUACCGAAAACCACAGAGACGAAAUUAAUAUGCAAGUUUCAAACAUUGAUAGGGUUUGGCAAUCUACUUGGGCGAGUAUCAUCAUUGUUGGCAGAACCAAACAACGACAACGAAUUGAAGCUAUACUUUAAUCUUUUACAAUCGGUGGUGGAUGAGCAACUUGUUCCUGCAAUGGCGUUAAACCGAAAAUCACCCGAGUUGAGAGAAGUUGACAAACUUGUAUUCAAAGGGAAGUUACUAGCGGUAGUGAACGAAGUCAGUAGUUCGAAAGGCUGGGAUGUGGAGAAUAAGGCUCUAAAGACAUCCAAGUCCUACGGAACCUAUUUGUCAAAGUCGGUGCUUCACCUAUAUCGACAAAACCAACAGCCAGAUAUUUUUGUGCAUUCAAUUCUCAGCACUGAAUCAUUUUCAGAGUUUUUCAAAAUAUUCUUUGCGUAUGAUAAUUGGGGCUACUUUCGACACACUCUCGAACGAUUAAAGAGCUUCCAGAGAAAAGGUUACAUCAAACGACUUAUGAUAACAUAUGUCGUGAACAUCGUCAAUGAUGCCAACAUUGUGCCCCUUCACAAUAUUCUUCAAUUCACGUGUGAGUGCAUUGACGAAAAUCUUAUCGAAAGCGUCGUAUUGAGAUCGAACAAGUCGCUAAUUCAAUUGGUGGCUUCAAUUAUAUCAUCUAGUAAGGAUCGUGGAAGGGAAGUCAUCAAAAGUCAAUUACAAAGAUGGUCAGAUCCAACAUACAUAAAAAAUGAACCUAUAACUAUCCAAGAAUCGAGAACCUUUUUCAUUCUUCAGUUGAUUGCCCGAGUAGAUGAUGGUGAGUUUCUAAAGGGGUUGACAAGGAACAAAAUCUGCCUUGAAGGUAUCAGUAAUCGUCUCCAGUCGUUUUCAAAUAAUGUGCGGUCACUAGGAGUUAUCCUCGCUGAUAGAAUUUUUGAGCUUAGCGGAGAACAACAGAUUUUUAAAUCAGCAAACAUUGGCCAUGAAUUUGAUGAAUUGUUGGCGCCGAUGGUCCCGCUUGUAAAUAUGAGUGAUGCCGAUUCUUGGGAGUCCCUAGAACAGGAUAAGAAUCAACUACCAGCAACGAAACCAGUCAUUAAAACCCCCGUUAUUCCAACAGACACCUCAGUCAAUGAGAUAUCCGAGGAUGAGGAUGAAGAAGACGCUUCUCUACAGCCAAAGGUCAAGAUUCCAGAUCCCAUAUACGUCAAAGAUCUAAUAUCUUAUAUUACAGUAGAUACAAAGAACCCCCAAGCUUAUGAGAUGCGCCGAGUUGCCUUGAUAAAAGGCCCGACUCUUUUGCAUCGAAAGUUUCGUCAUGGCAAUGAAGUUGAAUUCUAUUCGCAAGACUUAUUAACAAACCUCGUUGCUUUGGAAAAUUUUUACAAUGAUCCCGAUUUUGAUGAUUUGAAAUUAGUCAAUAUGGUUAGCGUUAUUACGACGAAUCCAAAUGUGACAUUUUACAUGUUUGACUUGUUAUUAACGGGUGACUACUCACUCCAACAGCGAAUGUUUAUCUUAUCCGCCACAUCGUUGGCUGCACGUGAGCUACGCGGGAUCAAGGAUGACGUAGUUGUCAAAUCCUUCACUAAAGAGUCGUUCCCCACAAAGCAACUACCUUCAAGUUUGCACAACAAGUAUAUGGGGCAAGGUGGGACAAAAUACUUGGAUCAAAUUGGAAACGAGCUUCAGGAUUCGCUUAUGCAUCAAGCUUCAAGCGAUGCCCAGGAUCAAGUCAUAGGAAAAGGUAAAUUGGUACGCAUAUCACGAUCGCUUACUCGACCUAAAGAUGCUCAAACUAGUGAGAAGCCAAUAAUUCCCAAUUUUUACAAAAUUAUCGGAGCAAACUUUUACUUUCCUAUGCUUAAUGUCUGGUAUGAAUCGGGGUCGAUUGAUAUUGGUCACUACUCGCCAGUUUUCAUUGCUCAUUACAUCAAGACGUUAAGCUUGUUACUCCACGUGGCGUAUCCAUCGUCAACCCAGCUCAAGGAGAUGAUAAAGGAAUUUUUGUUGUUAUCGUGUACGGUGAUACGUAAAGUGACUCUGGAGGAAGUUCAGGUUAUCGAGUCGAUCCUCACAGGUAUUUUACUUAUAUUGGAACUCAUUGAUGCUGAGUUCUUAGUUCUUAACUUCAACGAUGAGGUGAUGUUGGUGUACAAUUGGCUAACUGUGACAUGGGAAGGAAUUAUAGAUAAUAGAAUCAAGAGCCUCGCUGCAGGUUUGUUGUUGAAGUUGCAAGAAGUGUCAAAGAAAUUCGAGAGGACGUUGAUUGACCAGAAUUAUGGUCUCUAUUGA